AUGAGUACUACACAUAAAGAACAAGAAAAUAUGAAUGAAGGAGUAUUACAGGGGUGUAGUAUUAUAGAGCAAGAACCAAUAUUAUAUAACAACAGAUUGAAAAAUUCACAAGUUAAAUGUACUAGAGAUGAAUGCAUUACUAUUUUAGAGGGAGAUAAUUCAUUUCAAAUAAAAGAAUGGUGGAGAAGUAAUAGGGAUCAUAUAGCAGUUGUAGCUGUAGUAAUUUGUGUUUUAGUCUGUUUAAUCAUGUUUGCUGUUGUGGGUUGGAAUAUGAAGAUCAGCAGUGAUGAACCGGGAAGUGGUCAUUUGGCUAGGACCCUGACCAGAAACAGGACCUUGGUCAUGUCAGAGGCCAGCACAAGCAUACAUGAAUAAGCGGAUUUUUAUUGUAAAAUAUGCGAUUUUUGAGUAAUAAAGGAUG